AUGAGGAAAUUUUUCAUGAUUUUGGAAAAUCUAACUACAGUAAUCCUGAUACUGUACACUGGAGAAGCCUACGGUCAAUUGGUCCCCUUUGAAGAUUUUAGAUGUGGUUCUGGAAGUUUGUCCACUUCAAUUUCCUAUACUUCCUCGUAUUUUUGUGAUCAAAUUCAGUUAAACCAAUGUUGUAUGUACCAUGAUCUGUGCUACGCGGGCUGCACUCUACCCCAAAUGGAGUGCGAUAAUCAAUUCUGUGAAUGCUUAUCAACAAUUAUCUCAAAUCCUUUUUGUAUGUCAAUUGUCUACCCAUCCCAUUGUAAUUUUGUUCGCCUUUUCGGCAAUUUGUUCAUUUGUCCAAUGAUGGGCUAA